GCUCCAGAUAUAAACACAGAGCUCCUCUCUGUCGCCGUUGCGGUCCUCAGUCUCCACUCAGCCAGCGGACAAUUUGCUCCAGCAGGCCGAAAAACAGAAGGAACAAAAAAGAGAGGAAAAAAAAAUCAGGAGGGGACGAUCUCUGGCACAUUCCCCAGGAUGGAGAAGGAUUCUCCAUCCAAGCCAUCUGUGGCUGAGCUGGCUGGAAGGUUCAAAGGUCAAAUUCUACCAAUGCCCACCUCAAAUGACGAGUUGCCCUUUCGCAGAAGACCUCCAUGUUCCCUGAAGUUGCAGCAUCAAAAAGAUGAUAACGAAGAAUCGGAUAAAACUGUCGUCUCCCCGAAACCCUUUAAAAUCAAGAUGAAGAACUCCCCCAUCAUUGAGAAACUGCAGGCCAACCUUGCUUUGUCACCCACUGCUCUUCUGCCUUCACCCAAGAGCCCUGAGGUGAAGCUACAGCCAGCACCAUUGUCCCCCACCACGCCCUGCAGCCCACUGAGCCCCCUGAUCUCCACCCUGCGGCCCUCACAUCUGUCCAGUGAGGAGGAGGAUCCUGUCAGUUUCGACAGCCCUCCUGAAGGCGCCCCACUGCUAAGCAUCAACAAGACUCGUGCACGACUGUCAUUCAAGAGGCGCCCGCCCACGAGACAGCACAGGAGGUCAGCUGGAGAGGAGGCGGGAGCCUUCGGGAGCGGCGCCUCCACCUGUGAACUGUACAGCCCAAAUGAAAAUGGGGACAAAGACCAGGUUUUUGACAGCCCAGCAGAGGAAGCUGAAUGUGGGCAACUGGGCAGUCUGAAAGAAGCUGAAGACAAGGACGCUGACUGUGAUAAGACAGAGGACCAGGUAGCAAAGAGUGACCCAGACAAUAAAGGAGAUCCAGAGGAGGAGCAGGAAGCAGAAUGUGCCCAAAGCUCUGAGGCUUUGGAGGACGAACCGCAACUUUCAGAGCCUUGCCCUGCAGAGCAGAUAGAGGGCAAUGUUAAGACAGAAGAAGGCCACGAGGAGAGGCCUCAGGAGGCACACCAAGAAGGAAAUGACGGGGUGUGAACUGUGAAUGUUUAUGUUAAGGAAAAAAAAUAUAUAUAUGUAUAAGUUAUUCAGUGCUUUGAUUAAGAGAACUUUACUCCUCAGAAAGAGUUCAUCUGUUUUAAAU